UGCUCAUCAGUGCCACGUGCCAGUGCCCAUCAGUGCCACCCAUCAGUGCCAGUCAGUGCCACCUAUCAAUGCCAAUCAGUGCCACCUAUCAGUGCUGCCAAUCAGUGCCACCUAUCAGUGCCAGUCAGUGUCGCCUAUCAGUGCGCAUCAGUGCCGCCUAUCAGUUCCAGUCAGUGCUGCCUAUCAGUGCCGCCUAUCAGUGCCAUAUAUCAGUGUCAUGUAUCAGUGCUGCCUUUCAGUGCCUAUCAGUG